AUGUCCGUGGCCGAAUCUUUUCUCCGCGGGGGAACUCCCAGCACUUCGAUCCAGACCUUCCCGCUUGACCUCAGCACGCCGUAUGAGGCCUGGUGUUGGGUCCUGGUCUUUCCCCGACGCUGGCAUUUCGACCCGCCAACCCGCGUCGUCGCGGCGCCGGUCUUUCACCUGCUGUUUGGACGGCCCAGCCCGCUCGCCUUGGGUGCCGCGGCGCCCUCCUGGCAUUUAUUGUACGCCACCGUGCAGGCAAACCCAAGCCGUGAGACGGUCGUGCGGUCCUUUAAGGCGGGGUGGGAGAAGCUGCCGAGUGGGCUGCGGGCCCACAUCACGUCCCUCGCGCUCGUGGCGGUCCUCAACGGGCAGACCCACCAGAGGCUGGAUCUGUUCAGUUCGGAUCGGUGGGCGCAGAUCGCGGAGGGGGUGCGUCGCGACGUCAAGCAGGCAUCAGGAGCCGAGGCCGGGAUCGAUUUCACUGCAGCCCUGUUUAAAGACCGCCGGCUCACCUGGUGGAUGCCAUCCUCAGACGAGUCUGGUGGUAUGCGUACAACUUUGCCAGAAGAGGGAAGCCUUCCAUGGUUCCCGUUUAUGACUGAAGGCUUGUCGGGCUCCGGUGUCUUUAACGAAUUUAAUGAUCUGCUAGACCAGGUGAUUCAAUGGUUGGACACGAAGAGCUGUCUAUCCACUGAAGCAUGUGAUGAUUCCGUCCCACCUCAGGGAAAUAAUCCUCUUCUCUUUGAACUGGUUUCCCGCAUCAAUCCAGUUUUCUACCGGAUGCGAUUUACGGAGUCAGCGAAUGAGGGGAAACUAUCAGUUUCAAAAUCCAGCCUUACAGACUUCGAACGCACUCUAGAGAUCCCAGAUCCUGAGGGCUUGACAGGGGUCGCGAAGCUCAAAGCACAGCGAGAUGCAAAUAAGAAGGCCUUAAAGUUAUCCAAAGGAGAGGGUACUUUUUUUUCUGUACCCGAACCACCCAGUGAUCCUCGAAGGAUCACCAAGGACACAUCUAAGACUGAGAUGACAGCUGUGGCAAAGGGUGAAGUGAAGCCCGUUGGUGCUAACACACGACCAUUCCGACACGCUUUUCUCUUCCAAAGUAUUCCUAAAGAUGAAAACGCAUCGAACGGUGAUUACCGGGAGGUAGGCUCCAUCAAACCGCAUCCUAUAGGUGCCGUGCUUCAUCUCUAUCAGGAUAUCGGUGAUGCGCUUUACGUGAUGGAUGAAUUCAACAAUGAUGGGCUGAUGAAUUUUGAUUGUGAUAGCUAUUUGCCAGAUGAAGGGGAGGUUCUGGUACAGUUGGGGCCCGUAGAGGGGAUACCAUUUGAUGAUAUCGACGCUCUUUUAGAUUUCCAUCAUUCCGUCUCUUCGAAUCAUGGCCAUCACGAUAACGAAUCGCCGAGGUAUCCGCGCGUGAAGGUUGAGGGAUCUUGUAGCGAUUUAGUCUUUCCUCGUGUUACUUACCGUUUACCAAGCGAGAAAACGACCAAGUUAAAUCCCAUCGCAAGAAACCAAUCCUUGGUUGUGGAGCAGAGUCCUACAUCUGAGAUGAUGCUCGCCGCGUUCGCUGCACUAGAAUUCAUCGCCGAUCACAUUGUAGAUUUUCACGCCCGCUAUGGUUGGCGGAUUGGGGUGGGUGAAAAAGGGUACACCAUGACCGAACUUCCACACUUAACCUUACCGCUUUCCGUACAGCACCCAUUCCGUCGUUGUGCAUGUUGUGGCAGACGCCGAGAAAAACUACUUCGCUGUGGUGGGUGUAAAGUAAUAUGGUACUGCGGCCUCAAACAUCAGGCAUUGGAAUGGAAAAGCGGGAAGCAUAAAGUGGAAUGUGCGCUAUGGCGGAAAAACAGGGAGGACACCGCACAAACCUUCCGGCCACUGCUAACUGCGGCGCGUCUGGAGAAAGCAAAAGGUGAGGUACUGCGCACGGCUGGAUGGUCAUGCGCGGUAGCCACCCUUGAGUACCUUUCCCUCAAAGCGGAUUAUUUUAUUAGUAGUGAAGGAAAUAACCUAAAGCAGACACCCGCGUCUUUGUCAUUAGAACCGCUUUAUGUCCACGUUAUCGGUGUGGAUAGCGAUUGGGUAAAGGACUUUGUUCAUGUCAUGGGUGCGAAAGUAAGAGGCUUUCUUGCGUCGUCCUUUGGGACGACACGAUAUCAAUUGCGGCUUAUGGUUUUCACAAAUACAUCGGCUUCCGUCCCAAACUCAUCCAUCCACAACAACGUGUUUGGUGUACCUUCGCUCAAGGCAACGGAACGAAUAACGCCGGGAGGGGAUGCAAUGGCGGCUGCUAAUGAGGCCGCUAAUCCCGCCAAUGGGACUCUGGAAAAUGAAGAGGUGAUUUUGGUGGAGCCCACCUACGUGGUUGGAGACGUGUGGCAUGUUGAGGCUGGGGAGUUUUCAACCUUCGCGCAGCAGGCGGCCAUGCUGAUUCGAAUCUGCGAUUGUAAAUAUCAUUCACACCCAUUGGUGGAAAGCGCGACGAAUGGCUUGCCCGCCUCUAACCCUUACGGGGAUGCAGAAUCCCAGGCGGCGGCGGUAAUCAACUUCGGACCCACCAAUGGGGAUGGUCUGAACUUCUUCAGCGGAGUCUUGGAGACCUGCGCGAGGUCAAUGGUAGGCUACGUGCCGAUACGUUUCGUGGAAAGUUCUUUAGUGGGGGUUUACCGCACUGCACAAGCAUUGCUGGCUCGACUGGACACGCGAGAGGAUAAACCAGGCGUCUGUGCGCUUCGUAUCCUGAAGGCAGCUAUGCUUGAUAUCAACCUGAAAAAGACUGAUGGGGAAGAACGGGGUCUUUUCUGUUUCAAUGAACAGAGUGCUUGCCUCUAUCCGCCCCUUUUAUCAGAGUACCAUAACAAAACAACAGGUGAUGAAGAUGAACAAUUGAUUUUUAUUAAUUCCUACUAUUUCGAUGUUGGCACUUUCUAG